AUGGUUCCCGUGCACGACCAAGCACGUCGCACUUCCUCUCCUCGGCGCAAAUCACCGGUUUCUUGCUUUUCGUGUCUACGACCGCGGAGAGUAUUCACGUUCUUGAAAUUUGCACUUCCACUGGUUUUUAUCGUAUGUUACACGAUAUACUACCUCUAUGACCCGCGCGGUCACAUCGACCUCGUAUUAUAUCAACGAGAAUGGAUACAGCGCGAAAUACUCCCGCUGUCUCCACUUGGAGGAUGCUUUGAGCCCGAGCGCGUCAGCCCGUUGUAUAAUGUCAGCGAGGCUGUGUAUGGCAAGAAACGCUUUGAGGUUCAGGCAGGAGUAACGAUGCGGAUGGGUAUGGACUGCUACGAGUUUGCAGGAACAAUAAGGUUUGCAGAAGGCGAGUGGACGGAAGAACAACGGACUAUCCCACCAGAGGAGCGAGCACAGUUCCACACAUAUUGGCGCGCCGAUCUCGCGCCUUUCGAUGUGAGACAAGAGUACAUGCUAUGGUCAUUCUUCGCUACGCAAGAUAUUCCCCGCUCUCGUCUAAUACUCUGGUCAAAUGGCGACCUAUCACGCAAUCAAAUCGUACAAAAGUAUCUCAUGAUGUUCCCUUACUCGUUCACACUUCAGGUCGUGGAUAUACCUGAGUUAGCCAAGGGCACGCCAAUGGAGAAUCACAGCUUCCUCAAUCUCGAGGACAAGAAGGCAUGGGUGGACGGCGACCUUGUCCGGUUACUCGUCAUCUGGACAUAUGGUGGUGUUUGGAUAGACAUGGACAUGCUCCUGACCCGAGAUCUCUCUCCAUUGCUUGAGCAUGAGUUCGUAACGCAAUGGGACUGCUACGACAAAAUUUACCAAGCAUUUAAUGGUGCUCUCAUGCACUUCCGCAAGCACUCGCCUUAUCUAUGUGAAGCUUUCCAUUUGAUGGCACACAGUACUCCUCCACGUUCUGCAAGCACCGAUUGGGGCGCAAUUUUAUAUCUUCGGCUCUGGCGGCGCCUCCUCAGCGAGUCCAUACCCCCCUUCAAAAUUCUACCGUUCUGCCUUUCUGAUCCUCUGGCGUGUCGUCUCGACAACAGUCUGCCAGACCCAUUCGACCCUGAUCGUCGGGACGGGAAGUGGACAGGCAGACCUGGGGAGGGCCUUGAGGAGGGCGGAGCACUGGACAAGGCACUAGGGAAUAUAUUUGCUGUGCAUUUGCAUAAUCGCUGGGAUAGAACGUUCCCUCAGGGUGGUUGGGUGCAUCGGUUGUUGUUGAGGAGAUACUACAAGGAAAUUACGAGGAAAUUAGGAAUGGAUCGCAAGCUAUGA